ACAGUAAGCAUGAGCCGGAGCAGCAUGGCCGUCCGGGUCGACCCACUGAAGCAUGAAGUCACAUUACGGUGCUUUUACCAGCCUGCUCACUUUUUCAACGCCAACAUGCUUGGGCGGAGCCAAGAGACGCACCUUAACUGAGGGAAGACGCCGCCAGAGACACGGACGGAGCUAGAGGAAGGAAGAAAGGAAGGAAGGAGGAGCACACCGACACACACGUACUCCGGUUACACAAGCGGGCCUGAGCAGCUUCCCGUCAUGUCGAAGAAUCACGAAAGUGGCUCUGUGAAGUUCAGCAAGAGCCAGGCCACAGACCUGGCUGUGGUCAUUGCUCGCAUGCAGAAGAAAGCGGACCAAGUGGAGAAAGACAUCCUGAGUGCAGAAAACCUGCUAGCUGUGGACACCGAGCGUGAUCGAAAGAACCAGACCCUGAUCCACCAGAAGGAGAACUCAGACAACCUGGCGGAGGCCGAGGGCCUGUUGAAGGAUCUCUUCAUGGACGUGGACAAGGCCAAGCGUCUGCAGCACCCGCAGGCCAACGAGAUAGAGCGCGAUGUGAAGAACCUUCACGAUCGCUGGGUGAAGGACUGCGCCACCUACAGGGAGCUGUAUGACCAAGUGCAAGACUUGGCGCCUGUGGCCAGGAUAGACUGGGGUCCCGCUCUGGAUGAAAAACAGAGGCGUAUAGACACCGAAGGAUAUGCUCACAGUCUUUCUGACCUGGAGAAACAAAUCGCAGCUCACAACAUCCUGCAUAAAGAAAUUGAGGCUUACAGUGAGCAGCUGACGCCCAGCACAACCUCUUCACAGGGCCAAUAUGCCGCACUUAAAGAGAAGUACGAUCGACUGUUGGAGAGCUCCAAAAUGAGGCGCAAGCACCUGGCCUCUCUGUACGAGUACAUGCAAAGCUGUAGAAAAGAACUGGACUACCUGUCUCAGCAGAAGGACCGGAUCCUGCAGAGAGACUGGAGCGACCGCAUGGUUGACCCGCCCAGCGUCCGCAUGGAGUAUGAGAAAUUCAAAAGCAAUGGGCUGCUGUCACAUGAAGGUGAAGUCAACCAGCUUCUGGAGGAAGGAGAUCGCCUGUCAGUGUUGAAACAUCCUGGCGACUCUGCAAUCAUGGCACACAAAGAGGCGGUGCAGAACGGAUGGCAGUCGUUCCUCAACCUGUGUCUGGCACAGGAAGUCCACCUGGACGGCGUUGAAGACUACAAGAAGUUCCAGCUGGAUGCAGAGACCUUGUCCGAGUCCUUAGACAGACUCACUUCCAAUUUGGACCCAAACUUACUGGAAGGGAAGAGCAACUCGGAGGCCCUCUUGGAACUUCAGGGAGACGAGCCAGCAGUAAAGAGGAACGAGCAGCGUCUGGCGGCCCUCAGAGAGCUCAGUCGCAGAAUAGCGCCGCUGAAGCUACGCCGAAGCAACCUCACCAAACCCAUGAAAGUCGUAGCUCUGUGUGACUGGGACGAUAAAAAUGGAGCAGUGAGGCGUGGUGACGAGCUAACAUUAAAGUCCAUCUAUGAUAAUUACAAUUGGGAGCUGCAGGAUAGCAGCAGGAGAACCAAAAGGCUCCCCGGGGCCUGUUUCAUGAUGCCACCACCUGACGCCGAAGCUCUGGAGAAAGUAAACAGUUUCGAGAAAAAGCUGGCAAACUUGAAGAGCCAGAGAUCGGCUAUAAUGACCUCACUGAAGAACCCCACCGUGGAAGUCGAUCACCCAAAGCGUUCAGUUUCCGUACAAAAGCCUCCAGAAGACACCAAAGCUCCACUGCUGGCCAGACAACUAGAUGAGCUCAACCACAAUUUGGAUCUUUGCAAAAUGGACAUCCAGAAACGACAGAGGGCCCCUCUGGACAACCGCAACCCGGCACUAGACCUGGAAAACAGGCUGCAGGAUCUCAAGAAAUCGUCCCUGACGGCGAGGAACCUCGAGUCAGAGAAGGCCGUCAUCCAAAGAGAAAUGGACCCCAUUUUGGCCAAGAAAUCACUUGGAUCCACUGCCUCAAUCUUGCCACUCAAACUCGCGGCUGCCAACACAAAAAUGGAUGACAUCUACAGUCUUAUUGAUCUUUAUGACAAAAAAGCUUCGGCCUCCAUGUUCUUGCAAAGGCAGAUGCAGAAGGUAGAAGGCACGGUGUCUGGGUUCGAACAGGAGCUCGCGAAAGAUGGCGUCAUUCCCAAUCAAAAAAAUGCCCUGAUGAAUCGCAACCGUCAGCUUCAGGAAAUUCGUCAGGAGCUUUCUUCAAAGAAGGACGAGUUGAACACAUUAGGUCGAGACCUGGACGUGACCAAGCAAGCGUGCAGCGCCUUACAGCAGAAUUUCAACGAAUACUCUCCUGACAUUCGCCGGCAGGAGAGUGAAGUGAAACAUCUGAAGAACCGCUUCUCCAACGUCAGCAGUCAAGUCCAGGACAGGUCUACCCUCAUACAGGAAGCCAGCAAUAAAAACCAAGACUUCCAGAACGCUGCUCAGUCCUUGGAUUUCUUUUUGGUCAAUUUACCAAAUAACACAAUCAGCCCGACUGAUAACGUGGCCGAGGUAACGGCCAAGCACGACUUUCAGAAGAGAGUGAUGGACGACAUCAACAAAAAGUCAGGUGACGUUCGUCGGAUCAAGGAUCUCUCCCGAGAACUCCAAAACGGCUUAAUUGAAUACGAGAUGAAAUCAAAGACAUACCGCGGCAUUUUACACGGCGGGGAUGAUGUCGACGACGAUGAUGAUGAUCAAGACGACGACGAACCUGUACUGAAAAAGCACCAAACUUCAACGAUGGCUCAGGCAGUUCAGAGGAAGGAAAAAGAUUUACUGAACCGUUUCGCUGAGGUGUCUGCACAGAAUGAGGAACUUCUCAACCAGAUGGGGAGCGCUAAGAACAUCCUUCUCAGGAACGAAGACAAAGUCAGCCGAGUAGUCGUCAGUCAACAGCUUCAACUGCAGAGCCAAAGGGAAGACAUGAAAGAGGCCGAGGAAAUCUCCAAAGAACUGAAUGAGGAAAAGUCCCGUCGCUUUUAUGCUGAAAAAGACUUGGAAACAUACAGACAGAGAUACUUGUCCUUGAAGACCAGGAGAGGCGUGGAGAGGUUUGAGGAGAAGGAGAUGGUGCAGUAUUACCGUGAUCCCAAACUGGAAGGGGAACUGCAGACUCUGAAAAAUAGGAUUCAAGAUGAAGGAUAUAAGAGGUCAAAAUUCCAUUCAGAUAUAGAGAUGAUCAAUGAGAAAAUAAUCCAAAUGGAAAAGCAGCUCUCUGGUAUGGAACCUAAACUCUUAACCAAAGAAGUCACGGAAUAUGAACGAGACCCACAGCUGGAUAAAGACAUGGAACGGAUCCGAAAAGAGAUACAAAAGCUUCGAGCGGAGAUCCAAACAAACGAGUCUGAGAUCAUUCAUGUGAAUAAGGAGCUCAGCCUCCUGGCUCAGCAAAAACCCAAGUUCCGAGAGAGGGUUGUGAAGAAGGAUGUGUUCAAGAUGGAAAAGGAUCCAGAGAUGCUAAAAGCGGUUUUCACAUUCAAGAAUGAAAUUGCAGCAGAAGAAGCCCAAUGUGUGACCAUCAAUGACAGCGUUUUCAGAAUUCGAAGUCAGAUUAACACACUGGAGAGAAUCAUUCCCACCAUUGAACCAAAGAUAGUCUCCAAGGUGGUCAAGAAAGUCCAACAAGAUCCAGAGAUGGUAAGCGAGUCACAGAAACUACACAUGGCUUUGGAAGAGGAGAAGGACGAGAAUGUUAUCUUGCUGAAGGACCUGACCACGCUUCAGCUGAAAUACGGAGAAGUGGAGAAACUGCGGCCUAAAUAUGAGGUCAAAGAGGUGAUCAAUGAGAUUUUCAGAGUUGACCCCGAGACCGAAGUCCAUUUGCAACGUCUGAGGAGUGACCUGCAGGACUGUAGCCGAAAACGCACGGCGGUAGAGCAACAAAUCGACGUGGUGAUGACCACGCUGACCACGCUGCGUACUCAGAAACCCAAAGUUGAGUACAAAGAAGUGACCCAGGAGGUUAUCAAAGAAGAGAGAAGUCCCGAGGUGGUCAGAGAGUUACAGCGGCUCAGCAACCAAAUUUCACGUCUCAAAGUCAACUACGACACCACUCACGAGUUGCUGAUACAUCUACGCAAAGAAAGAGAUGAGCUGAAAGCUGAGAAAUCCAAAGUGGAGACCAAGAUUGUGAACAAAGAGGUCAUCAAAUAUGAGAACGACCCCCUCCUGGAAAAAGAGGUUAACAGACUCCGAAGGACUGUGAGAGAUGAGACUCAACAGCGUCGCACUGUUGAAGAAUCUCUCUUUGACCUUCAGAACCAAUUUAUUGUUCUAGAGCGCCAGAAGCCAGAGGAGAAGACAGUGGUGCAGGAAGUGCUGCGUCUUCAGAAGGACCCCAAGCAGAUUCUCGAGCACGAGAGGUUAAACAAGUCCCUAGACGACGAAGUCAAAUCCCGUCGGAAACUUGAAAUCCAAGUGAGGCAGCUGAGAGCCCAGAUUCACGAAAUGGAGAACACUGUGGCUCAGAUGGAUGAACGCCAGAAGAAGAUUCAGAUCGAAUCAGAGCUGCGGCAGAUCAAAGCUCAGAUCCAUGAGCUUGAGACGUCUCCGAAACCUGUUGAGGAAAAGAUUGUCAUUGAAGAAGUUUUGAAAGUCGAGAGGGACCCAAAGCUAGAGAAACUCAUGGGUAAUGUCCGUGCAGAGAUGGAAGCAGAGGCAAACCAACUCAUUCGCCUCCAGAGGGAAAUCAGCAGCCUGAAGAUGAAGUUGGAAAUUCUGGAAAAGGAAAAGACGACAGAGAAGGUUGUUUACAGAGAAGUUCUCCGCGUGGAGAAAGAUCCCGGAGUGGAAGCCGAGAGAGACCAUUUGAGAGAUCUUGUUGCGCAAGAGAGAAAUAUGAGACGCGACAAAGAAGACAACCUUCAAAGCUUUAGACUUAAAAUCACCCAUCUGGAGUCAUCCAUAUCUGUUAUUUCCAAAGAGGAGACCACCCUGAUUUCCAACAGACAAAACCUCCAGAGGGAGAAGGAAGACCUCCUCAAACAACUCAAAAUGCUUGAAACUCAAAGGCAGAACAUCAGCAUCACCUUCCAGCAACAAUCCAAGAUGAUGAGCGAGAGAAACCAGAUGGCUAGGCAAAGAACUAUCAAGGCAACUUCUGAGAGCCAACGGCUGGAGAAGGAAAUCCUGAGUGAAAAAGGCAAACAUCACCAGAUGGAAGCGAUCAUUAGGGAGCUGAAAGAAGCCGUCAGGAAUGAGGAUCAGGCUGAAACUAACACGAGGGAGACCAACCUUUCUACAAGGGUCACCAUCAUGGAUCCCGAUACUGGUGUGAACAUGUCUCCUUACGACGCCUAUCUGAAAGGACUAAUAGACCGCACUCAGUACAUCAACCUGUCAGAACUGGAGUGCGAUUGGGAAGAAAUCACAUCCACUGGCCCCGAUGGGGAUUCAACCAUUCUACAGGAUCGGAAGACUGGGAUGCAGUAUGCCGUCAAAGACGCCCUGAGAGAAGGCCGCUUGACCCAGUAUGAUGUCAUGCGCUAUAAGGAAGGCCAAAUGCCCAUUUCUGAAUUCGCUCUUCUUGUGGUGGGAGAAUCCCGAAAUUCUUUCAUUCCACCUCCACCAAUUACAAGUCCCAGAUCCCCCAUCAAAUCAGUCCCGAGCUCUCCAUUCAAAUCCAUGCCAUCUCCCCUGAUGUCCUCCCACACUAGUCUUAACAACCACAGCGACAGUGUUGAAAACCUCUUUGGUAUUAGUGAUGAGCAAUACCCUAUCUCUGGUAUUUUUGACACGUCCACGGAAAGCCGCAUGUCCGUGAGAAGCGCUUUGACCCGUAAACUCAUCGACGCCGAUACAGCUCUGAAGCUGCUGGAAGCGCAGGCGGCUUCCGGUGGAAUUGUCGAUCUCACCAAGAAGGACAAACUGUCUGUCCACAAAGCGGCCGAACAAGGUCUCAUUGACAACGCUCACAUGUACAAGCUUCUUAACGCUCAGAAGGCAUUCACCGGGAUUGAAGAUCCUCUCACCAAAGAGCGUCUCUCUGUGGGAAAGGCAGCGCAAAAAGGAUACAUUCCCGAGGAAAACGCAAAGUGGUAUAUUGAAGCUCAAUACCUGACCGGAGGCUUGGUCGAUCCCACCAAAGCCGGCCGCCUCACUCUCCAAGAAGCCGAAGCAUCCGACGUGAUCGACAGCAAGACAGUCCAAGAGCUGAAGAACGAGUCGUCCUACCCAAAGAUUCUUGUCGACCCCAUCAGCAAAGAGAAAAUCUCAUACAAGCAGGCGAUGGAUAAGUGUAAGGUUGACAAGGGCACGGGACUGUUGCUCCUUCCCGCAGCCUCGGGUGAUCAAACCGAUUCACCAUCAUACUCCAACUUUCGGUUUAUUUAGACUAACAAGAGAAUCUAGAUCGUGAGUUUAAGAUGAGUGAAAUGGUUGCCACCAGAUUACAAAUUGAAAUAUUACAAUAACACACACAUCUUGUUUGGUUUGAGUAUGAUUUGGGAAUUUGCUGUAAAAAUCAGGGUCAUGUCUGUUGUACCAUUCAGCAUUCUAAAGUCACACACCUUGAACUGCUCUUUACAGACUUGUUUUUUUUUAACAAUAGUAUUUGUAUUUUCAAAAUGUAUGCAUAAAUGUGAAUCAUACUUUAUAUACAUAAUAAUAAAUGACUCUCAUAAUAA